AUGGGCAACACACAUUCGACCGAGUCACUGCAAAACCAACGGGAUUAUGGCGAAAGCAACGGCAAGAGAUCGCCUCACAAGCUGUCCAAACCGAGAGUUGGCAACCAUGCCUCUCCGACCCCCUCGACACAGGCGCCGCGCCUCUUGAGCUCCCACAGCCGCACUGCAUCUUACAGUCUCCCGCCCUCUAGAUCGAACUCACAGUUUGCGCCUCAGGUGCUGUCGUGUGCGCCCUCGCCGGUCCGGGCGUCCAGCGCAUCGCAACUGAGCACACUUGUCCCAGCUCUGGAUGACCCUCCUCUAGCGGAGCCAGAAGCCAGACCAACAAAGAAUUGGAAGCGGAGGGCGAGUUUGUUUCGGUCCAAGAGCUCUCACGGUCCUAGGAAAGAUAGGCGCAGAGACACUCUGAUGUUGGGUCCACCUGUCCCAGACAGAAUGUCGAGGGCCAACUCCAUGACUUGGGAAACCCAGCGAGAGAUGAACACUUCGAGGCAAGUGCAGGUGGAAAGUUGGCAUGUUCCCGGGAACCGACAGUCCAUCAACUACAACCUGAUGUCGUACGAAUCGAGGAGGUUGUUGAACCUGACCGAGGACCUCGCAGCCUGUGAAGAAAGCUCUAUCGUGUCCGACAACACGUUCGAGGUGUCGCCCAACACUUGGAAGAGUUCUCAUCCGCACCAACCAGCAGUUGCCCAGCUCCCUCGGGCCAAUUCCGAGGUAUCGCUGUACGCGCCGGUGCGUCGCCGGUCAGUGAUUCAGACGCCGGGUCUUGCAACACGCUUGCCGACGGAAUCUCCAGCUUCAAGGAGGUCGAGCUUGCGUUACAGUGGACCGACUACGCCAGCGGGCGGGCGUUCGCGACUAAACUCCAUCGAGUCGAGUGCUCAUUGCAUCCAACCUUUGACCGAGGUUGCCCCCGACGACGAUUAUUUGCCCCCGCCAGCGACGGAGCCAGUCGAAAGAGCAUUGACUCCGUCGGACAUGGAUUACCGGCCGCUUGGCUUCAUGAAGUUCGGUUCAUUACGGAUCACGAAUGGAGCCGCCAGUCCCCUACCCAGUCCCGUUUUCGAACCGCAAUCCAAGGCCGAAGUGACGGAGUCUCGAAAUGGGAACGAAGAGCACUACUUGGUUCAGGGUACCGACUUGGGCAAGUCGGAGUCUGACAGUAAAAACGUCGAAACCACGGCGUCGACAAUGCAUACCAGCACUGCUCUCAGUCCCAUCAACACGUCUAUUCUCACGGUAGAAUCGCGGAGGCUACGUCCCAACUCGCCGCUGGGUCCAGAGUCACAAACCACAUCCAAGCACACGGCUCUGGAAGAUGAUCUUUCCGCAGACGACGUGCAAUUGGAAUAUUCGGCCGAGGUUUUGACCGUCAGAAAUGACCCAAAUGCCAAACCCAGUCUCGAGCGACUGCGCGCGGAGCAGUCUCAUAAGAACUCCCUGGCAAUUUCCCGCACUGAUAGCGGGGUUGUUGCUAGCCCAACUGCUGAGCAGCCGAAGUCGCUCUCCAAGGCUGAUUCCGGCUACAGCUCGAAUAUCUCACUUAGGUCAUUCCAUGGCAAGCAGCCUGCUGCAGGCAACGAUCAACGUCGAUGUGCUGCAUUGGAGGAUUCGGAGGAUGAGCAGCCGGACUCCAUUGUAUCCCCGAUAGCGGCCGUCAGCAACGGAAGUCCAAACAUCGACCCUAUUAAUCAGGCUGACGACCUCGCUGCCGAUCCUUCUCUACCUGCGUCCUCGACUCUGCCGCCUCUGCCACCCAAAGAUGAGUUUCUUGCUUCCCCGAAAAGCACCAAAAUGACCGUUACGUCGCCUAAGUUCUUCUUCAACCUAAACGCCGCCGGUCAUUCUUUCCGUAAAGACCGGAAGGUCCCGACCGCGAUCGACAGUGCCAACCCGGUCGAGGAUGGGCCUACAUCUUCGGAGUCUGUCAGGUCGGGUGGCGCUAGCUGCGACAAAUCGGCCUCGGCCCUGAGUAUCGGCACCGGCUCCCAACGCGCCGGCAAGUUUCAAAGACUUAUGAGCGGGUACGGCAUGCGAGGGCCGCCUGCUGUCCACGCAACACAUCCUUCUGACAAACCGGUUCCGUCUGUACCUGGGGAUGUGCAGGCGAGACUCGAUGAGCAUUCUGAGCGGUUUCCGACAACCAGCAAACGACUUACUCUCCGCACUCAAGCCAGCAAGGACACGCUCAACACUAUCUUUAGUGUCAGCAGCAAUUUCCUCGGCGUGGUCCCCGGCCACGCCGAAGCCGAGCAAGCGCCUCUGCUUUUGGUCGAUGCCGGCCAGGUGGCUAGAAAGCCCGCUGAACUUUCUGAAAAGCCAAGGAUACCGAGACGCCGCUCUUUUCAGUCAAUCCCUGCAUCCAUCGCACACGCCGCAUCUUCGGUAAUGCCUCGACGUUCCAUCCACCGCAAACCGCUCCCCCCCGCUUUCACGGACAGGACGGGGUUCGUAGCAGAGCCAAGGACCGAUGAGAUCCAAGUCGGGUUCGAGUCAAGCAUCACCGCCAUCGACAAUGUUGGUGAGAGCGUCGGUAAAAGCGCCUUUGAUCAGGCCUUCAUGGCUCUGGCCCAUCAUAAGCCUGUUCAUGCCCCGCGAGAACGAACCCUGACAAUGACAGCGCAAAUGGAGCGCAGUAUGGCCAUGCCAUUCCAUCCGAUCGAGUCGAUGACUCCAACUUCACAGCACCCCGGUCCUCGUGCCUAUCAAAACCUGCAGGUUCCGGACCUGGCGGCCAAGAGGAAGACUUCACCGCCGAUCAGCCUCCACACCCGAAACCCUAUGAACGCCCGAAAGCAGGCCCCGCGCCCCAAGUCAGCGCAUUCCAGCGAAACAAACCAGUCGAGAAGGCAGACAUUGUCACGACAAAACAGUCGCGAGACCAUCCACAGCUACCCUUCGACCUCAGCAGCAGCGGCGCUGGACGACGCACUGUCUGUACCGCCCAUUCCUCUAAUGAGCCCCCGAAGAGGUAUGCCGGUCACCGAGCAGCCAUACGCCAUGCGUCACAUGACGGUCGAGGACAAAUGGCGUCCCACCAACGGUUGUGGCUCUGAGACUGGCCAAGAUACUCGCCCGGCCAUGCGUAGUUUAUCUACGUCGGUCGGGCAUCAUCAGCAGCGUCAGCUUCGCCAUCGAUCAAGUUAUGAAAGCUACACUCAGUCCGGCGGACCUGUGGCCCGAGGCCCUCCAGCCCUCAACUUGAGUCCCAGCCAGAGCGGAAGCUACUACCAGCAACAACUCAUUAAUGUUCAGCAACAACAAUGGGAGCAGCAGGGAUACUACUCUCCUGACGCCAUUCAACCAGGUCUCUCCCGGAGCCGCAGUCGCAGCCGGAGCGUCCACGCCAACGAUAAUCCACCCUACCGCGUUCUGCAUAGCUACAACUCACCUGCCUACCGCAACGUCCCAAUCUGGGGCUGA